AUGGAGCCCCUACUCGCAAACAUCCUCUCGCUCGACUCCUCGGGUACACUUCCUGGCACUGGAAUGCCACCGUCAUCCAAGGGAACCUGGAUUCCUUCGCAAGCAGCCUCACUCCCGGUUCCCGCCAUGCUGCCAGUCUCACAGCAGCGCUCUCAGUCUAGCUCGGCGGACACACCUGUCUCGAGAGAAGCCGCAUCAUAUGCUCGUCGUCGGGCGGGAACAGCGUGCACAGUCUGUCGAAGCCGAAAGACAAAGUGUGAUAACCAACGUCCCAUCUGUGGGUUUUGCAAGGCCACAGGUGGCGCUUGCGUGUACCCGGAGGACGCCCCCUCAGACCCAUCAAAGCUUGACAGAGGGAGUCUGGCCAUUCUGCAGCGGCUUGGGGAGAUGGAGCAGAGGCUGACCACCUUACUCGAUCGCCAACACCAUGUGUCGAGUCCCAAUCAGGACCCGGCCCGUAGCUGCACAGCGGAACACACUGAGCCACCAACAGCGACCCCGGGAUGGGAUGUCGGUGUGGAUACUCCUGGUCGAGCGGAAGAGACUAGUUAUGAUCGUCCACCCUCGGGCGACAUUGUGACGAGAAGCUCCGAGAUGCGAGUCGAGAAGAUUCUCCAAUGGCCCAUCUUUUCGGCGAACCACCCGUCUCUCGCUUCUAGCCUCGGUCGCGUGGACAAUAUUCCCCGAGUCGUGGGGAGUGAUAGCCUGUUUGACCUUGACCCAGAGGUCAUUCGAAAUCUUGUCGAGAACUUUUUGGUUACUAACCAUGUCAAGAACCCUAUCUUCAAUAUCAACGAGCUCUGGGUCUCUGUGAGGAAUGUUGCCGAGACCGGGCUUCGAUGGGAUGGAGAAACAUGUCUUGUGCUUCUUAUCUGCGCCAUUAGCGUCUUGUCGUCAAAGAUUGGCGAAGAGCUUCACCCUGGAUACUCGAAACACCCGAGUCGCCUCAACCGUGCAGAAUUGUAUUUUCAAAUGGCUCAACGGCGGAUUGGGAUGCUUUACCACAGCAAUUGCCUCAUGGCUGCUCAGUGUAGCUUCUUGACGGCUGUCUAUUUAAUGACAACAUUCCGAAUCAUGGCUGCUUGGAAAGCCUUCUCCCAAGCUGGGUCUCAGUGCGUGGGAUUAUUGGUCGCUGGAGGGAGCCUCGAUGAAGAAGGGCGGGCCAAGUCGUCAGAGACCGAGGGAAUGAGUGCCAGCGACCAACAAAUGGAGGAGAGCCUUUAUUGGAGUUGCCUCAAGAGUGAACUGGAAUUGAGAACAGAGCUUGGUCUUCCAGGAUCCAUCCUCAAUGACAUGCAAUACUCACACCUCUACCCAUCUCCUCCGGGUCCUAGUCAGCUGGUAGCUGACAGAAUGGGUCCUGAAUCCGAACAUCUGGAGAAGGGUUGGUUUUUCUACCUGGCCGAGAUCGCCCUGCGUCGUAUCAUGAACGAAGCUCUAUCGGCUCGCUACAGGGUCGGUUCUUGGUACUACACCAUUAGCUGGUGGGCCACGUCCGGGGUGGAUGGGUUCAGGGGCCACGUGGAUGAGUUCAGGGUCAAGCUGAAUACAUGGCAAGAAAUGUUGCCCCCAGUGAUGCGUUUCCCCCAUGACCCACUGGAGAAUACCGGGGAUGCGCUGCGUGGGAUCCUUCGAGGUCACUUCAUCGACAUCCUCGACGUUUUAUACUUCCCGGCUGUCCAGGCAGUUGUUUGUAAGGACGUCAGUGAACUCAGCCCCUAUGUUCUGGCCACGGCACAGGCAGCUCUACAGACUGCUACGUAUCGCAUUGCCAUCUGUGAGGAGGGCUUCUGGCACCGCCAUCAGGGGACCUGGCUGAUGAUCAGGACAUGCUCCCGUAGCACACUGCUGCUGCUUGCCACGGCACUUCGAGCCCAGCAGAUGAGUGGCUUGGAAGAUCUUCUCCCGAGCGGAUGGAGGGCAUCAGUGGGGAGGGUCAUUGCGCUCAUUGAGUAUUGGCAGGACGAGAGUCCAGACUUGGGCAUCUUACUGGAGCGCUUCAGAGAACUAGCCGUCAGGGCUGGUGUUGAACCACAGACAUUACGUACCUGA